AUGUAUCGCCUAUUGCAAACGGUAUUUGAUUGGUUCAACGCGGACGCGAAGAUUCUUCUCGAUGAAGACGAACGAUAUGUCAACGGCGGUAUUCGAUUCGACAGCGAUGCUCUCGAGGAAGGCGACAAUGCGCAAUCGCCGUGCAAAGUGCCGGGAAUUCGACGGCGUCAGAGCGGCUAUGGAAUAGCGAUCUCAAGCGACAGCAUUGCAAAAAUGCGAUGCCGAUUGCGAAAGCAGUUAUUCAUACGAAGGAACAAGGUUUGCGACAUCUCGCUGUUCUUGGCGCUCGCCGGUCUUUUCUUCAUCAUUAUCGAUUCGGAGCUGACGGCGCUUCACGCCGUCGAGAAGGAUUCUGGCAUCUCGCUUGGACUUCGAUCCGCCUGCGUCCUAUCCACACUUUUACUUCUUAUAUGCCUUAUCAACUAUCAUGCGAUUGAGGUGAAAAUCGCGCUGAUCGACAGCGGGGCCGACGAUUGGCGGGUGGCACUGAGUACGGAUAGGCUCAUCAAAUUGCUCAUCGAAAUCUCAAUAUGCAUUAUUUGCCCGUUCCCAGGCUCCGGUGUAAUGAGUAUGCCGUAUAUCAAUCCGGAAUCAAGGCAAGUGAAAAUGCGCGAAGUUUCCGUCGACGUGCUCCUAUCGGUUCCAAUGUUCCUCCGAUCGUAUCUCGUGUGUCGCUUUAUGGUCCUUCACAGCAAACAAUUUCAAGAUGCCGCGACGCGUUCAAUCGCCGCUCUCAAUCGUAUCUCGAUGGACUUCCGGUUCGUCAUCAAGACCAUGAUGGCCGACCAUCCGCUUCGUGUGCUCAUCGUCUUCACCCUCUCAUAUUGGAUUUGUAUGUCAUGGAUGUUCACACAAUGUGAAAGAUACGACGGUGAGCUCGAUGUUGAGCACUACUACUUGAACUCAAUGUGGUUUAUCAUGGUGACGUUUAUGUCAAUUGGUUAUGGUGACAUUGUGCCCAACACAUAUUGCGGAAGGUGUCUUUCAAUCACCACUGGAAUAGUGGGCGCUGGCGUCUCAUCGGCGUUGAUUGCGAUCAUCUCGAGAAAGCUGGAGCUCUCGCGAGCCGAGAAGCACGUCAACAAUUUCAUGGCCGACUCGAAGCUCACGAAUCAGCGGAAGAACGCGGCGGCCAGCGUUCUUCAGGAGACGUGGUUCAUUCACAAAUACAAGAAGGCGUUGCACAAGGGCGACGAUUUGCGUUUGAGGCAUCAUCAGCGGCGAUUCUUGCAUUCGAUCAACGAGUUUCGACGCAUCAAAUGGGAUCAACGCAAAUUGCAGGAGAAGGGCAACUCGCUGCUCGAUGUCGGCAAAUUGCACUCGGAUAUGCAUGAGACUCUAUGGGAGAUGCAUCGAACACAGGAUCACUUCAUCGCUCAGAUCGACAUCCUCACGCAGAAGAUCGUCGAGCUUCAGAACACGCUGAACGGCAGACAAUGCUGCACGAAUAUGAGCACGAUUUGCGAGUCCGCCGAAAUGGAGCAAUCGUUGGCGCCGUUGCCGACGCAGAGUCCGCUUCUCAACUCGUCGCAAUCGCAUCGCGAACCGCUUCAAGCCGCCGCCGCCGCCGUCGAAUCGACAAGCCAAAUUCCAGCGAGCGCUUCGAUCCCGCGAAUCUCGGUGGCGUCGGAGAAGACGCCGUCAUCGGGUGCCUCAUCGACCAACGGAAGUUUGUCGCAGUGCACCGUUGAUCAAAUCUCCAAUUGUCCGUCAGGCGGACGAUAUGCUACCGUAACCACACCGCUGAUAACGAGAUACGAAGAAGUCUAA